AUGCCGACCACGAAAGCCGUUGUCAAGCAGGCAGACAUGUUGGAGGAGAUGCAGCAAGAGGCCGUGAACCAUGCCUACGAGGCUCUUCGAUGCGAAGGCCAGUACAUGGAUAUUGCAAAGCAUGUUAGGUGCCACUUCGAUCGCAUAUAUGGUCCUUCCUGGAGUUGCGUUGUCGGCAAGGACUUUGGAACGUGAGCAGUGUUUUUAUUAGUCGGUUUCUUAGCAUUACUUUUAUUGUCUGUACAUGAAGUGAUACAAAUAGUUGAUAAAAUCGGCGCUUCAGUAGUUUGCCACGGGAAUGUGAAAGUAAAAUCACUUGGCCAUCUAGGAAAACGGAAUGAGCUGGAAGGUUCGUAUACAGGGAAAGCAGGUCACGACCAUAAUGCUCGCUAGAUGACUAUUGACUCUGACUUCUAGCAGAACGUCUUUCUAAACAACCAAACUGACUUUACUAAUCAAACUGCCUAAAUUCGUAUGCCAUAAACGCAUAUAGCUCUUUUGCAUAAUUUAUAUUAUCUCGAACUUGCGGGUUUGAUCCUAUGAGGAAAACGAUAAUGACGUUAUUGAAAAGUGCCCUGAAUAAAUUAAAUCUAGCUUCAACCCCGUAAAAAUUUUACAUCGUUGCUUUUCACAAGAAGAAAAUAUUUGAUUCACCAGUGUCAUUUUGGUAUUUCGUCAGGUUCAUCCAGCGUUACCUACAGGAAUAUGCUUGGGUAAUUAUGGACAAACACAAAUAUAUGGUAAAACAUAGGGAGACAUUUUGGACUGAAUUAGAAGAUAAAAAAUGUCCUCUGCCAAUUAGGCUAGUUUAUAACUCACGAGAGCGCAUAUAUGGUGAAGGACUGUACACUCAAUCAGCGCUAUUCUAUGUAAUUGCAUCUUUAUCUUAUUUAAAAGUACAGGUGAUGAUUCUGCGACCGUAAAAGCGUUAAAUUUUAAUAAGUGUGCCUGAAUGGGUAAAAUCGAUUUUUAUAGGCCUUUGUGGCUGUUUUACAAUAUUUGCUGACCAAUAAAAUAUGAGUGAAAUAUCAAAAUGCAUUUAUUAGGCGCACAAGGAUUAUAAAUAGAUUAUUAGCAGUUCACAUAAGGCAAUUGUCGCCUUAACAAGAACAUGCAUAAAUAUCUCUCUUAUAUGCCCAUAACACUGUAUGCGUUAACAAAUAUGACUACACAUGUGGUGUUUAAUAACGUAUUUUCUUUGUUUAUUCAGAUCGUUUGCCUAUGAACGCAAGCACUUAAUUUCCUUCGAGAUGAAAGGCGUUACCUUCCUCCUUUUCCGGGGAGCAUAG